AUGCCAGUAAGACCUGAAUUUCAGUUGGAAAAAUGCAUAGAUGAUGCUUUAAGAAAAAAUGACUUCAAACCUUUAGAACAGUUUCUGCAGAUGGAAAACUAUGAAGAUAUCACGCUUAAAUGUAGCAAACAGUUUUUCAGCAAGUUGGACAGCCUUAUGUGCAAGGAACUUAACAAAAAAGAUAUCCAUAAUACUUCAACUAUUUUAAAUUCUCUUGGAAAAUAUGGCAAAAAUAUCAGCAUAUUUGGGGAAGUUGGACUUCUUGUAAUGAUAAAACAAGGGCUAGUCAAGAAGAUGGUGGCCUGGUUUGAAAAAACCAAAGAGAUCAUUUUAAGUCACAAGAAUGAAAAAGAUGAAGCCAUGACGAAUCUGAUAGAAGAUUUCUUUGAUGUCUUAAUGACUGUUCAUGAUAUCAGUUAUGAAGGUAAAAUGGAAGUACUGGAAAAUUUUAUUUUGAGGAUCUGUGCCCUCGUAGUCGACGUGAGAAUACAUAUCUGUAUUCAACAGGAGGCCAUAAAAAAGUUGAAUGCUAUGCUUGACAGCAUGCCUCAAGAUGCCAAGAAAAUAAUUUCUAAACCAGAAAUGUUCUCUCUUAUGAUUGAUAUGGGGAAACGGAUAUUAGAUGCUGGGGAUUAUGACUUUCAAGUAGGUAUCACAGAAGCUUUAUGUAGAAUGACCUCUGAAAAACAAAGACAAGAAUUGGCAUGUCAGUGGUUUUCAAUGGAAUUUGUUGCUCGUGCAUUUAAAGGGAUUAAAGACUCUGAUUUUGAAACAGAUUGCAGGAGAUUUCUUAACUAUGUGAAUGGUAUGCUUGGAGAUAAGAGAAUGGUUUUUACAUUUCCUUGUUUAUCAGUAUUCCUUGAUAGAUAUGAGCUACAGAUACCUUCAGAUGAAAAACUUGAUGAAUUUUGGAUUGACUUUAAUCUUGGUAGCCAAAGUAUAUCCUUCUACACUGCAGGAGAUGAUGAAGAUCAUCAGUGGGAAACAAUCAUUAUACCUAAUGAUGAUGUAGAAGUAUACAGUAUAGAAGUAAAAGAUGCUAAGAAGCUACUAACACUAAUUCUGAAAAACACAAUGAAUGUUGGUAACAAACAAGGAGACCAACUGCUCCUGUAUUUUGAUCCUUCACUAGAAAUCACUGAUGUGACAAAAAAAAUUUAUGGUGCAAAUAAGUAUAGGGGGUUUACUAGGAAACAAGCAAUUUCAGUUGCUAAAACAGAAGUGAAUAUAAUUUUUGAUGAAAGUGGAUCACAGAUUAUAGUAUCAGAAAGUCAAAGUUCACCUGCCAAAAAAGAAAAUUUUUUUAGUGAUGAAAAGCUUAAAAGGAAGAGGCAAUUUUCUGUAAAUCAAAAAGAUGUGAUUCAUAAUGCUAAUCAACAGGACAGUAGAAAUGCUCGUUCUCAGAUGAUAACUCCUGUUAAAAGGAAAAUGUCCGAAGCAUCAAUGGUUAUUCCUGGUACAGAUAAACUGACUGUGAAGAAGACCUUAAUAGCCAACACAUCAACACCUCGAACAGGAAGAGUUAAACCACCUUUGAAAAUGGUGAACUCUGCUGAACCACCCAGUAUUUACAAAGUAAAAGAAAAGGCAGCAAAGACUACCACGUCUCUUCCUGGUUCAGUUGAAGGAAGGAAUCCACACAGCUACCAAAGUGAUUUCCCUAAAUCUCAGCCAAUCACAGUUGCUGAGGCCUCAGAAAUGGCAGAAAAUGAUGAGAACAGCAAACAAAAUUCUAAUGGAGAUGUGGAUAUCAUUCCUGAUUCACAACCAGUUGGGAAAAUAGAUAAACCUUUAUUGCCUGGUGUUGUAGACAAUAUUUGUGAAAAUAACCUCCACUCAAAAUGGACUUGCUGGACACCUAUAACAAAUAUUCAAAUUUGUAGUAAAAAGAGUGCAAGCACAUCACCAGAAGAAACAUUUAAUCAAGAUAUCCGUAGUGAAAGAGUCACUAAAAAAUCCUCUCUGUCAUCAGUAUCUGAUAAUAUUGUACUAGAAAAACAUAUGGUACAAAAUCAGAAAAGAAAAGGAGUUGGGGAAUAUAACAAAAAGAAGAAAACAAAAGUGGAAGCUUAUGAAACAAACAGAAGACAGCCACUAAAUAAUUCCAUCAGUUCAGGUCAAGAAAAUAUUGAGAAAAACAAGGACAAUGACUGGUAUAUUGAAUCUGAAACCUUUAAAUCAGUUCUAAAUGAUGAUUGUGAUAAAACCAUUUCUUCUGGGAUAAAUGCCAAAAAUAACAGAAGGACUAUGAAAGGAAUGACAUCUGCAAUUAGAUCUUGUGACCUAGAGAUGAAUAGAAAGACUUUUAAGUCAAUUGAUGAACUAUUUCAGAAAGAAAAGACAAGAGAAAAACAAUUUACUGAUGCAGCAGAAUCAUUGAUCAACCAGAUUAAUAAGAGAUACAAGCAAAAGGAUGAUUUAAAUUCUUCAAGAAAAUUUAGAGAAUCUUUGAAUGAAAGGAAGAAUUCAAAUAAACCUGGUCUACUUAUCAGCAAGGGAAAAGUCUUAAAUAAAAACUCUCGACAACUGAAAAGGAAUACUUCAGUUAAUAUGACUUCUGUAUGUGAUUUGAAUGAUGUUUAUAAUUUUAACUUGAAUGGAGCUGAUGACCCUACCAUAAGACUUGGUACAGAGACAUUUCAGACUACUAUCAAAGAAACUUCUAUAGUUAACUCAAAGUUGUUAGGAUUAAGGAGUCGUGAUGAAAGUGAAGCUUCUCCAAAAAAGAAAAAUAAAAAAACUAGAACAAAUCACAAGAAGAAGCACCUCUUUAGUGACACAGACACAGAUCAUAGAGGUGAUGACAGCAAGACUGAUAUUAGCUGGCUAAGAGAAUCAAACAAAAAAAACAAACCUCAACUGGUAGAUUAUAGCAGAAAUAAAAAAGCGAAGAAACUUAAAAAUAUGAAAUCAAAUCCAUCAGUAGAAUUGAAACUACCAAAAUCUAAGAAGACUCAUACUACAGAUCCCACCCAAAAGGCAGAUGAAGGAAUCACAGAAGCAACAAGACUCCAACGUCCUCGAAGAGCAGGAUUAGUAAAAAAAAAUUAUAAAGAUUUCUCAAAUUCAGAAUCAGAAAAUGAAGAAGAAUAUUCACCAAGUGCCCUCAGUAAAGAGAAACUAUUAGUGCAGGUCGCAAAUAUGAGUAACAAAAGUGAAACUAUGAAGCAAUUGAAAAAAGGCCAAAAUCCUAUUUCUACUGAAGCACAAGAAGAAAUAUCAAAUGAAGGGAAAAAAUCAUCUAAAAUAAAAGACUGUUUAAGAGAAGAAAGACUUGACUCAUCUCCAAUUUCUUUAUCUGGAAGCCCAGCAUCUACAGAAGUAAUGAGAUGUUCAGAGAAAAUAAUUGAAAGAGAAUUUCCUCAAGAUUAUAUUCCUUCAAUAACGUCAACAUCCUCUUUUUCACAAAAUUCAACACCUGAAAGAAGAGAAUCUCUAAACAGUGUUCAUGGCAUCACAGGCAAUAGUUUCUACACUACAAACAUGAAAAUUCAAAACAAAUGUUUGAUAGAAUCACCUGAAAAUAUUGACGAAAACUUGAUGUGUACAAAUAAACGUUUUUCAAGUCCUUUGUUUUUGCCCAAAAUUACUAAUGUAAUAAUGGACAAAAUUGACGAUAGUAGAAAAGAUGCAGAGAUAGCUUCACAGAACAUACAAGAUUUUGACAACCCUGUGGAGUUUAGUAGCUGUAAUUCAGAAAAACAAUUUAGUGGAUCAGAACUGAAAAAAAUCAUUGAAAAUUGUAUUCAAAGUACAGAAAAGGAACCCCUUUCACCAUCACGGUUAUCCCUGUCUAGCUCAAAGAGAGAAAAAUUGUAUGACAUACCUACUGAUACUCUUCAGCAAAAAGGAUCUAGUAUACAUACAAAUCUCAAACGGUUGUGUACCUCAGAUAAUCUAAGUAAUUCUGAUGAAGUGGAACUAGAAGAGGAAGAAGAAGAAAAAAGACAAAAUUUGCUUCCUCCAAAAUUGUUUAAAACAGCUAGUGGCCAUGUUGCGUACAAAGUAUCUGGGAGCAUAUCUACAUUGUCAGUCAAUGAAUUUUCUUUUCCUGGAGAGACUUGGGAGACCGAAAGUUCAGGUGUAGACAUAAUGUGUCAGAAACUAAGUAAGGAGUUUAAAAGAAAAAUUCAGAACCGUUACAAAAGAAUGGAUCAUUUUAAUAAACAGUCUUUGAAAUCAGCUCAGCAGCAUCUUACAUCUAUCAACUAUCACAUUCAUGAAUACAGAAUGAAGCAGCUUGAUAAGUUCCACUUCAAUAUCGUAGAGGAACUAGAGAACUUUGAAAAAGAUUCCCAGUCUUUAAAAAACUUGGAGCGAGAAUUUUCGGACUUUUGGAAAAAAACUUCUCAGAAGUUCAGUGCAUAUCAGAAAAGUGAACAAAGAAGAGUUCAUCUUCUGAAAACUUCACUUGAAAAAAAUGUCUUUCACAACAUCGACUAUGAAGAAAAUAUAUUUACUUCAGAGAUGUAUUUGAUGAAAGAAGAUAUGAAAAGGCUUCAAGAGAGGUUUCUUAAGGAAAUGCAAGAAGAGGAGCUCCUCAAUGUUCGAAGAGGAUUAAUGUCACUCUUUACAUCUGAUGAAAGAAAAUUUUAAUGCACAAAAUCUAGUAUUUAGCAACAUUUUUAAACACCUUUCCUUUCUCUAUACAUAUUUUAAAAACUACCAUACAAAUAUAAA